GCUAGCUCUCGCAGUGCCGCAUCGGCCGCAUCGGCCAACUGAGCGCUUGAGUGAGUGCUUUACUCAUCCAACGACUCCUCGCUGCGUUUUGUCCACUCGUGUGGGGCCUAGGGCACACAUAACACAUCUGCACGGUCCUGCUUGUUUCACAGCUGUGCACAGGUGUGUCGCUGCAGCGAACAGGACGCGAACGACGUUUCUCGAUCAUGCGGUCGACACUCUCGAUGAUCCGUCUGCUUGCAAUUGCAGCGGUCGCGACAGCGUACGGGCCGGCGACGGCCGGUCGCGGCGGCGCCAUUCGAAUCGUCGUCGGCAGCGGCACGAGCUCUGUGCCACGCGGCGGAGGCGGCCUCAUACCCACCAAACCGAAGCCGCUCCUCAAGGAAGCGGCCAUCGACCUCUCGAUCAUGGGCGCCGCGCAAUUGUUCUUCCGGCGGACGCACUGCACAAACGCGAGAACGUGUGAACUCGCGCGGGCCGUCGUCGCGUGCCGCGCGUUUUUUGUUACGGUCCAGAGCUAUUUAUUAGCCAUAUACGUCCGCCAGCUCGGCGUCGCGCGUUCAAUGAAGCAGAGUGCGGUAGUGAAGGAGGACCUGUUCCGGAUGCGGGUGCGUCUCACGAAGGCGUCGGUGAAAGCUGUGUUCUUGCUGGCCGUCCACCUCCACUUCGGCCUCAUGCCGCCGCUGGUGGUCUCAUGCGUCACGGCGGUCGUCGCGCUCCCGUAUUGGUGGGACCGCGAGAGUUCCUACCUGGGCCGAAAUCAAAUCUCACGGCGCCUUAAUCGCCGCCGCAAUCCCUCUACGCCAUCGACGCGUCGUCUCAUCGAGUCUGCGCAGGUUCCUACAUCGCCAAGUACGGCCGGCGCCACGGCCAGCUGUUCUGGGCCGCCUUCGCCGUCGGCCUAG